GUAAAACUCCUCCUCCGCCUUCCAACCGGACCCGGGAACAACACUCGACGCCGCCAAUUUUGUUGGAGGAACUUCGGGGCUGAGGGGUUUCACUAAUCGGAAAUUGCGCAGAUCGCCAGUAUUUUUUUCACAGAUCGGCAAUCCGGAACUAGCGCAGCGGCGUUGAAGUCUCUUUGUGUAUUUUUUGUCCGAGUGCAUUGAGAAAGGAUGGGAAGAGCAGAUAUAAAGCUGAAAGAGCAGAGGACAGCUUUGGUGAAUGGUCUCAGCAAGGCUGUCAUUGCGGAUCUGGUGGAUGAAAUGCUGGAGGCAAAAGUGAUCAACACCUCUGAAUGUGAAGACAUUCUCCAAGCAAACGUGACAACCAAAGACAGGGCCAGAUGUCUUAUUGAUAUUGUGUGGAAGAAGGGACAUAGCGCCAGUGAAAAACUAAUUCAGAGUCUGAAUAAUGCAGAUGCUGAGCUAUGCAAAAAUCUGGGCCUUUCCCCAAUGGAAAACAUAGUAACAUCUGUCCCACCGACUCCACCAGCAGCAGUGAUUCCCACGACUGCUGAGUGGAUUACACCAUGUCCACAGCAGCAGUACAAUGAGCUUUCUGACAAGACAAAUGAGGUAUACAUGAUGUUGCCAAAGCACAACAGGAAGCGUCUUGCUCUAAUGAUUACUAACAUUAAGUUUGAGAAUCCUGAAAUGACAAGGAGUGGUGCAGAGGUGGAUGAAGUUCAAAUGCUGAAACUGCUGAAUGGCUUUGGGUAUGAAGUCGAAAAACACAAUAAUCUAACAGCAGAGGGGAUGGAGAAAGCAUUGGUUGCAUUUUCAAAUCGAGAGGAACACAUGCAGUCUGACAGCACCUUUGUGGUUCUAAUGUCCCAUGGACUCCGAGAUAAAAUCUGUGGCAGUCUUCACAGUAAGAGCAAGGAAGAUAUAUUUCACAUCGACCAAGUCUUCGAUAUUUUAAACAACAAGAACUGCAAAGGACUGAGAGAAAAACCAAAGGUUGUCAUCAUUCAGGCUUGCCGUGGAAGCAGUACCGGUCAGGUGUAUGUCAGUGAUUCAGCAGAUCCCAACCCCCACGCUGAUUAUGAAGAAGAAGGUAUUUUAUACAAACUGCACAAGGAAAGUGAUUUUAUCUGUUUCUGUUCAUCCACCCCAGAUUGCGUGGCCCUUAGAAAUGUUGAGAACGGAAGCAUAUUCAUCCAGAAAUUGAUUGACAUAUUGAGAGAAAAUGCAUGUAAAGAUCAUAUUGAGGAGCUAUUCAGGCAGGUGCAACAGUCUUUCCAGAAUUUUCCCAGACAAUUGCCUGCGAAGGAGAGGGCGACACUGAUGAAGAAAUUUUACUUAUUUCCUGGCUUUUAACACUUUGUUUCUGAAGUGAUCCUCAGUGCACAAGCCAGAUAUUCAGCGGCAGGCAGCCUUUUAUAGAUAUCAAAGUUCAGCUCAGUUUCAUACAUUGGAAUUUUUUUUAAGUGUUCAUAGACUGGAGGAUUGAAAGGAUGAUGGGAGAUUAUACUUGACCCAACAAAUGGAAACGUUUGAGUGGCCCCAUAGAGACUGAAUGCUUGUUUGCACCUGCUCAUUGCUAAAGUAAUUGAGGUUUUUAAUUUGCUUUACUCAACCUACU